AUGGAUUAUCAACGCCAACUACUGGAAGAGCUAAUGGCUCCAUUUGAGACUUCUUCGAAGCAUAACUUUUGGGAUGACGCUGUUUGUAAGCAUUAUUUGGUGAAAUUUUGCCCCAAUACACUCUUUACCAACACAAAGUCCGAUCUUGGUCCAUGUACUAAAGUUCAUGAUGAAAAACUUCGAAAACAAUAUUUAGAAAGACCUGAUCGAGAAAAAUACGGAUAUGAAAUUAAAUUCUAUGAUCAUUUGCAGGCGCUAUGUAAUGACUUGGACAAGAAGAUUCGGAAAGGUAAAGACCGGUUGAAUGUGAGACCGGAUGAUUCGUUACUGAAUCCAAACAAAGAUGAAAAAGAAGAAAAGAUGGUGAUUCUGGAUGAAAAAAUCAAGGAUCUUUUGAUAAAGGUUGAAGAAGCGGGUGAAGAAGGACGUGUCCAAGAAGCACAAACAUUAACGAAGGAGGUGGAGGCACUACAAAAAGAACUGGAUUUCUUAAAAAACAGCGAUGAUUCAAAUCCUCUUUUCAAACAAGAAAGGAGGAUGUUGGUUUGUGAUGUAUGCGGAGCUUUCCUGGUGACCAAUGACACAUCGAAUCGAUUGGAGGCCCAUUGGUCAGGGAAGCAACAUACAGGCUAUAAACAGAUAAGAGAGACUCUUCAAGAGUGGAAGCAAUUGAGAAGUUCUCUAUCAAGUCGUGAUACAGGAAGUCGUGAUAUAAGUGGAUAUAGAGAACAUCGACGUGAUUAUCAUCGACAUGAACCAUAUUCACGCAACUAUAGAAAGGAUAAACCUCGGGAAAGAGAACUUCAUCGUAGAGAUGACCAGGAAGUCGUGGCAGUAGUAGUGAUUAUAGACGUGAUAGAGAUUACCGUAGAUAUCGUGAUGAUUGAAUCUGGGAAACAAUUAUUCAGGUAG